AUGAAUGCAGAACAAGCAGUAGCAGCGUUGGAAAAUGACUUGACUUUCGUCUUCAAAGAUGUGCAGAACCAAUGUCCAAAUGAGGAACCGGCCGCCGAGAAAACACACCCCUCUGAUUUGUACGGAUUUAUGGCCGAAAAAGUCAAAAAUAAGCCAAGAACUUGGAGAUCCGAUGCAAUAAUCGAAAUGCGGCAAUAUUUCGAGCAACAGAAUGCGCAUCAGAAAAUAGAUCCGCUCGAAUACUGGAGGGUUAAUGAAGUUCAAUUCAGCAAUCUUGCGCAGUGCGCGUUAAAAUAUUUAUGUAUACCUGCGACAUCUACUGACUCGGAAAGGACUUUCAGCAAGGCAGGACAAAUCGCGGACGAAAAGAGAUCUCGACUUAAACCUAAAACUUUGAACAUGCUGUUGUUUUUACAGAAAAACCAGUGGAUUACUAGUUAAGAUAUAGAUAUCGAUUAGAUAAGUAAGAUAAGUAAGAACUGAACUGAACUGAACUGAACUGAACUGAAGUGAACUGAACUGAAAUAAUGUGAUUCCAUUUUUCUUUAUGAUUUCGUUAAAAUAUGUAUUAAGAUUAUGCUUUUUUAUUUGUUUCUGAAAAUAUUGUUGUUGUUUUGUUUGAAUAAAUAUAAGUUUAUAAUAAGUUUCAUAAAAA